AUGACAACUCAAGAAGCUCUGUACUUGGCACGGUUACAUGCUAUUCAAUGUGGCAGAGAGCAUUUGGCUGAAUUUGGAGUUAAAGAUGAAAAGGAAAUUGCUGAAUUAGCUUCUUAUAUUACAAUCGAAUGUCCGCCUCAAGUUAAUGGUCUUGAGUUGAAAUCUCCGAAAAAUUAAUAAAUUUUAAAUUUGAAGUUGAAGUUGAGAGGUUCAUAUGGGUUAGGGGUAAUGCUAGAGCUAGCUUUAGGACAAGGGCCUGGACUUGGACUUGGACAUGGACAUGGACUUGGACUUGGACUUGGACUUGGACUUGGACUUGGACUUGGACUGGGACUGGGACUUGGACUUGGACUUGGACUUGGGUUUGGACUUGGACUUGGACUUGGAUUUGGACUUGGAUUUGGACUUGGACUUGGACUUGGACUUGGACUAG